AUGGCUUUUCUGUGCCCAGUGAGAAUCCGUCGGAACAAGAAAAAGAAAGGGGCAGGCGGGUAUGUCUCAGAGGGGGAGGAGAAGGUGGUGCGCGCACCAGGACUCGGUCGCAUCACUGGCUCUGCUUCCAUAGAGACGCUGGUGCGAGUUGGCUUGGAGAAGGAGGCGGGACUCUCACCGGACAGUAAGAUGGUCGUCCUCCAUGAUUUUACCCCCUGUGUUGACGAUGAACUGGAAGUGAAGAGAGGGAGUGUAGUGAAUGUCCUUUAUCAAGAAAAUGAUUGGGUAUAUGUUAUAGCAGAGCAUGGGCAGCAAGAAGGCUUUAUACCUCAUUCAUAUUGUGCGCCGUAUGGCUCCCAACUUGGGGAGCUGACCAUGAAUCAUAAGAAAAAAAUGCCACGUGACCACAGUUCUAUAGAAGGUGGUGGGGGAGGGGUAGAUACAGACCAUAAUACAACUAUAGGUACUAUAAACUCAGGGGGAACAGAUAAUCCAGGAUUAGUUGGUUCAGAUAAUGAGAGUUACGGUGGAAAGUUGAUUGGCGGACCACCAAACAGAGCGUCAGAUUCCUCAAUUCAGAGCGGGUCGGCUACUCCAGAUAUUCAUCCUUUCUUUAAGAGUGCUACUUUGAUGCGGGAUAUUCACCCAUUCCUUAAGGACCCUGCAGGCAGAUACAUAGUCCUGUACACCUUCAUCGCACGUGACGAAAAUGACGUGAGUGUCGAGAGAGGAGAAUUUGUGACAGUUCUCAAUCGUGAAGAUCCUGAUUGGUAUUGGGUCUUGAGAUCAGAUGGCCAGGAAGGAUUCGUACCCUCAGGGUUUGUGUACCCGGCAGAUGUUAUACAAGACCACCUGGAGCAGGGUGGGGGUACUACGGGUGGCGGAGGUGGCGGUGUGAUGGGGGGCACAUUACACGCUGGGCUUGGAACGGUAGGAGGGCACCAGGUGGGCUAUGGGGCUUCGCAACAUCACAUUAACCCCGGGAACAGCGACGACCUCCGCUUCCACGGAUCGGAGCUGGUUAUGCUGUAUGACUAUAAGGCUCAAGCCCCAGAUGAUCUCUCAGUGAGACGAGGGGAUUGGAUAUAUGCCGACCUCACCAAUCAGACAGUGGAUGGUUGGUUAUGGGCAUAUGCGCCGAAGACUCGCAAAUACGGCUUCAUACCCAAAGCAUAUGCACGACCUCCAGCCAUGACCUCCUUAUAGGAUUGCAGCAAGUAUAAUUUUCGUUUUGUGCAACUCAGUGUGCAUGUGUGUCUCUCUCUCUUUCCACUGGGUAAGGCCAGAACUUGGACAUUACUAAGGGUACCCAGUGUACUAAAGGAACUAAGAUUCCUUUUGUGCAUGUGUGUCAUGUCAGUGUUACUGUCUCAGUGAUUUCUGUACUAAAGAAUGUGUUGGUCCAUGUUUGUGAAGUCAUACUAUAUGUAACUGAGAUUGCUGUUGAUUUAGAUGGGAUGUAGAGUUAUAGAUGUGAAGGCUUUCAGUUGUAUGAGUGUAUUUUUCAUCCGUGUUUAUUAUAUAUUUUUUUUAAUGUGUGUAUGCUUUUACAUAUGUUUUCUUGUCAGGUGUGUGCAUGUGUUUGCAUGUGUGUAUGCAUGGAGAUUUGUAUGUUUUUGCUGUAUUCAUUAUAUAUAUACUUUUUUCAUAUGUUUGCCUUUUCUUGUCCUCUAUAUCCACUUUUUGGUUUGGAAUUAUAGUGCUUUAGUGUACUAUUUUGUGGAUGGAAAGUAUUGUUUGUCUGUAAGGUGUUAGAGUACAGAGAUCUAUUUGUUAUGUAAGGCUGUAUAGAAAUUUGUUAUUUUUGAAGUAAGCUUUACUGGUACUGAAAGAAUUUUUACCUGUUUUGGAAAAAAGUUUUUGUUUUGAUAGUUUUUAUGGAUAGAGACAUUUAUUUUUAUUUUCUAUUUUUGGCCUUAUAAGGGCAGGUGCCAAAUGAUUGUUUUUUAUUGUGUUGCUGACCAACAAACUGGAUUGUUACUCUUAAGCUUUAUACAUAAAGAAGAAAGAAUCCUCAGAAACCUCAAGAAGGUAGUGAUGGGGACAGUGUCACUCAGAUUCUCUUCAGAAGAUUAGAUUUCUGUAACUAAAUGGACUGCAAAGUCAAGUGGAACAGUUUUCUUUUGUAUUUGCCAGAGCUCCUCAACCUCCUCUCCUCACCAUCAUUGAUGUCAUCAUCUUUGGCUGAUGUCUUCAUCAAGAAAGACAGACAGACUUUCCUGACAUGCCUGUCUUCCAAAAAACUAGCAACAUUACCUUUAGGCAUUAAUCAUUAUGGCAUUAAGCUGUAGAAAAUAUGGGCAGAUGUAUUUUAUCUCCCAAGAGAUUUUUGUUACAUUCAUGCUAGGUUGAUAUACAUUCUGUGGAAUUCACCAUUACUUCAUGUUUUCCUAUGAGUGCACUAAGGGUCUCCACUACUACUACUGUAGGCCUGGCCCAUAUGAACACUCAUGUACAGUAUCAAGAUUCCUUGCCUCCUCUUUGCAGUUGUACUAUGUUUUGGCUGUAUGAGCAUUUAUGCUGUUUUACCAUUUUCCAAGGUCUACAUUUGUCAUUUGUUAUGCUGUAUCAAGGUGGUAAUAGACUGUUUUCCUUAAGCAGACUCCAUAAGUAACACAGUGUUAUUUGCAUCAUCUUUCUAUAUUUUUGUAUUAUUCAGUUUUCUUUACCCAUAGUAACAUACCCUUAGUCAUAUUUUUCAUGAAGGCAUGUUCCUGUCACCUGGGCCCUCAGUCCGAUUUUUUUCAUGACAUGACAGUCAUGUCACUGGAUCCAGUUGGUUGAUUGUGCUGUCAUGGGGGGUAGGAAUGGGAUCCUGAGCAUGGAAACAGUGUCCUCCCUGGAGCCAGCAUUCAUGAUGCAAGUGCAAAUCAUCCUCCAAGAUCAUUGUGCAUUCAUGAUCAUUGACCUUUCCCAGCACCUAGCCCCUUAGCCAUAUUUUUCACAAAGGCAUGUUCCUGUCACCUAGGCCCUCAGCCAGAUUUUUUUCAGGACAUGACAGUCAUGUCACUGGAUCCAGUUGGUUGAUUUGUAUAAGGAAGAAAAUGUUAGCAGGUGUUCUCAGACUAUAUACUUCUUUUAAAAUAUGUAAUUAAAUAGAUAGAGUCUGUCUUGAAAUUAUGAACUUAGCUUUGUGACUUCUGGUUGGGAGCAGUCUAAUAAUCCUUUGUCUAUUAUGUCUGUAACUCACUGGAUCCAGGUGCCUCACAGCUCACACAUGAAAAAAACUCCAGGCAUUAGGCUUACAUGAGUGGCAUCUCUCCCAGGUGUGUGGCUUGUAGGCCCAGCCUACACAGACACUCAUGUGUGGUAUCAAGAUUCCUUGCCCCCUCUUUGCAAUGCUAUUAUGCAUAAUAGUUUUUCGCUACUUUGCCAUUUUCUGAGGUUUAUAUUUGUCAUUUGUUAAGCAGUAUCAAGAUAACAAUAGACUUUUUCUUGUAAUUUUUUUAUAAUUUUGUACUAUUAAGUAACUAAAUGCCCACUGACUCAAAUUUUCCUCCUUUGUGCACUCAUCGCAAGAUUGGCCCUUUGCCAAUUUUUUUCUUGAUGUGAAGGUCACCUCCAAUGGAGAGAUUCCAAAUGGGAGAGAGAACUGGCUAGCUGAGUAUUAGAUGGAAUUAUAUGCACUGUAGACUAUCCACUUAUGCAUUGAAGGAGCCUUGACAAAUAGUAAUUUAUGCUGUUUUAAGAGUAAUAACAAGAUUUCUUUGUCACUUGAAAUAUUCGUGAAAUGCUUUUCAGGAGCAGCAGCAAAUGCUAUAAGAAUUUUUGUUUGAACACAAAUUUUGGUUGCCAUAUUUUGUUUUGCUUAUUUCAACAAGAUAUUGCAUAUAUUUUCUUUAAAAUGUCUGUUUGUGUAAUGUGCUUUUUGUCUUGAGCAUUUUCAAAGUGCCUUAAAUACCAAUGAUAUUAUCAGUUGACUUGUAAUAUGUAGAUUUCAGUGGUAUUCAUUUUAUAGAUGCUAUUGGAGGCAUUGUUGACAGUGGUUUUUAAUUUGAAUGUUUUUUUAUAUGGCAGUUAUUGUUAAGUAAGCCAGAAUUACAAGGCUUGCUAUAAAUGAAAUGUGUGUAUAUAUGUAUGUUCUGUAGAAACAGAGGAGGUAAUAUGUAUUUUUCUGCAUUCUUAUGAUUAAGAUUCCAUAUAUUUUUGUGUAUUUCAUGAUAAAAGUGCUGCAAUUGUAAAUACUGCUAUAUAGUAGACUUCUUGUAAACCCGCAUUUUUUUCUUUAUAUUUCAGUUUUAAAGAUUUACACAUUCAAUGGAUCACUUGAUAUGGAACUGUCCUGAUGCAUAAUGUAGAGAUUUAGCCAAGAAGCUGAAAGCUGAGAUGAGUGUUGUUAUCACACGCAAAUUUUAUUCAGUAAAUUUAGAGUCAUUAUACUGAAGAAAGACUGUUAGAGAGUGCAUUCUUUGCUAUAUAUGUACAUUUCUUGUCUUUUUUUUGUGUAUGAAUUAGUAUUCAUUUUUUACUUUACCACAAGUUACAUGAUCAAAGGUAUGUUAUAUUCCAAAGUUAUUAGUUCUUGGCUUAUUUGAGUAGGCUGAACUUGGGUUAAAAAUGGAUAUCAUUUUCCAUGAUUUUAACUUGGUUGUUUCAGUUGGCAUGAUGAGCAAGAAAUAGGUGCAUGGGAUGGGGCUGAAAGGCUUGGAUUUGAGUGCCAGAGAUUGUGGCAUUAUAACCCUCUUUCACUCACUUUUUUUUAAGACUUCCCACUAAUAAGAUACAUAGAAAAUGUUAUUACAGCCAGUAUCUGCAAAUGAAAUAUUUUAUAAGGCAGAAUACAUUUAAUAGGAGGAGAGUUACAUCAGUAUCAGCAUAAAACAAAAACAAAACAUCAAGUUAUUCAUGUAAUAUUGCAGAAUGUACUCCUGUAAAGAGCUGAGAGAAAGAGGGCAGUUCUUUACCUACAUACCUCAAUUUUUUUCUGGAAAAGAAUGUAUUACAGAAGCUUUAUGCAUUUAUUAGAGUGCAUGUGUACACAACAGCUAAAGACCUAAUGUGGGAGGUAAGGGGACAGGAUUAAUGCUAUAGUGUAAUAUGAUACCAUUUGAGGCUUUAGUUGGCCAGAGUUUUUUUUAUGUAGAUUGGAAGCCUAGAAAUUAGCAGAAUGAUCAAAUGAGGCUGAGGGGAGGAAUUGGACAUUGGGGCUACUCCCAUAUAGAUGGAAUGUCAUAGAUUUCAGGACCAUCAUUUUAGGGACAGGUGGGAAUAUGAGAAGAAAUUGGGGGACUUCAUCUUAUGUGGAUUCUGGAGUAGUUUUUCACAUAAACUCUUGAUUUAUUAUAAAGGUUUUUAGAAGUCAUCAUGAUGUUUUCCUUUUUUCCUUCUUUUCCCCUUCAUAUCUUCUUCUUUUUUAUUCAUUUCCCUUUAUUUUUUUCUUCUUCCUGUUCCUUUUUCUUAAAAUUUUGACAGUGCUGUCAGACUAUAUACAUUUAAAAAGGGUUUUUGGUUUUAUUGAGGUAAAACUAUAUCAGGGUCCACAUUAUAUUCUUUCUUUAUUAUAGCACGAGUUUUAAAAGUAAUAUUGCUUUAAUUUUGCACAAUGUCCAAAAAUAAGUAUUCUCACGUAACUGGAGAGGUGUCUUGUAUUAUAGGUUUAAUGUCACUUCCUUGUUGCCAAAGCAGUUUAUAUUCUGUAUUCUGACUUUCCUGCUCUUGUAGUUAAAUAUAUUGAUUAUCUUUUAUAUUUUUCCAAUAACUUUAUAUUUAACAGUCAUUCUUUGUGGAAAAAAUCUCCCUUGUGUUAUAAUCUGUUAAGAUAGCCAUGAGUAAUUGUUUUUUCUUUUUUUUCUUUUUUAAGUGUGAGUGAGUGUGUGUGCAUGUGUGUAUGAGUGCAUAUAUCUACAUGCACAAGCAAAAGUGUGUGUGUGUUUGUUUGCAUAUAUUUUUGUUUGUGUUUUCUUUUCUUUGGUUUACAUGCUUGUAUGCACAUUACUCCAGAUUAUUUGAUAUAAUCUAUAACAUUACUGGAAUUCGUGAAAAAGAACAUUCUGUGUUUCAAAUUCUGUUCUUUAUUGUUAACAUGUGACUCAUAACUUGGUCUCUAUUUUCCUAUGUGGAUGUAACAUAGAAACGUGUAUCAUUGUGAUGGAUGAUAAGAUAGUUGUUUUUUUAUUUAUGUUUUAAGGUGGCUCAUGUUUCAUACUUUUUUGUUCUUACAGUAUUUAUUAAGUUUGUUGUGAAUGUUUUCAAUAUUUAUUUUACCUUUAAUUUAAUAGUUUGUUUCAUGACUACUGACAAUGUUUUUUUGUAAUUCAUCACAGUAUCAUUGCUCAUAUAAUAAUUUCCACUUUGUAUAUACUUUUUAUCAUUGAAAUACAUUACUACUAUA